AUGGGCAGCGCGGGGGGGCCCGGUGGGGCCGCCCUACGGGCGCUGGUGUCGGUGGCCGCCGGUCUGCUGGCCUGCGGCGUGGCCAGCGAGUACGACUAUGUCAGCUACCAGUCAGACCUGGGCCCUUACCCUGGCGGGCGCUUCUACGCCAAGCCCCACCAGUGUGUGGCCAUCCCCGCCGACCUGCGGCUCUGCCACAGCGUGGGCUACGACAAGAUGGUGCUGCCCAACCUGCUGGACCACGAGACCAUGGCCGAGGUGAAGCACCAGGCAAGCAGCUGGGUGCCACUGCUCAACAAGAAUUGCCAUAUGGGCACCCAGGUCUUCCUGUGCUCCCUCUUUGCCCCCGUCUGCCUGGACCGGCCGGUCUACCCCUGCCGCUGGCUCUGUGAGGCCGUGCGUGACUCCUGUGAGCCUGUCAUGCAGUUCUUUGGCUUCUUCUGGCCAGAGAUGCUCAAGUGUGACCAGUUUCCCCAGGAUGACGUCUGCAUUGCUAUGACGGCUCCCAAUGCCACCGAGGUCUCCAGGCCCAAAGGAACGACUGUGUGUCCCCCUUGUGACAACGAGAUGAAGUCGGAGGCCAUUGUGGAGCACCUGUGUGCCAGUGAGUUUGCUCUUAAGAUGACCAUAAAGGAAGUGAAGAAGGACAAUGGGGACAAGAUGAUCAUUCCACGGAAGAGGAAGGCGCUGAAGCUGGGGCCCAUCCGAAAGAAGAACCUGAAGAAGCUGGUGCUGUUCCUAAAAAACGGGGCAGACUGUCCCUGCCAUCAGCUGGACAACCUCAGCCACUACUUCCUCAUCAUGGGCCGCCAGGUGAAGACCCAGUACCUGUUGACAGCCAUCUACAAGUGGGACAAGAAGAACAAAGAGUUCAAAAAGUUUAUGAAGAAGAUGAAGUCCCCUGACUGCCCGACGUUUCCAUCCGUGUUCAAGUGACCCGGAGGGUGCGGGGGAGCCGCUGGCUGCGCCUGCGCGCUCGGGCACGGCGGCUCUGCAGCAGCAAUGCUGGA